CUUCCGCUGUUUCUACUUUCCACUUGGAAAAGACUAACAAAUGCAUUUCAUUUCAACUUUCAAGCCCUAAUCAAAUUCGAAUGUGCUCCUCAGUUCCGUUCUGACAGUAGUCUCCUCUUCUAAUUGUAUCAUGGCAUCUCGGGUCCCGGAAGACCCUAGCAACAACACUGCCGAAACUGACGAAGAAACUAUCGCCCUUCGCAAAAAGCGGUCUCGGCGCGUGAGCUUCGCCGACCGGGAAAUUACGUCGGUCCACAUCUUCAACCGCGACGAGGACUACGAGACCCCGCCCAAUUCUUCUGCCUCGAAGCAACCAAACUCCGAUAAUGUCGCUGCAGCUGAGCUAGAGAACGAGGUGGUAGGGUUUUUCAGGGACUUGGGUGAUAGUGACGAUUCUAGGGACUUGUUGUCUUCUCCGAACGACGAAGAUGAAGGUAAGGACGUGAUUGUCGGUAGAAAAUCUUUCCUGAGGCCUGCCGAGUCGCCAUCUUCGGGAAGCAGUGCUUUGUGUUCCGCCGCUUCUUAUGAUGAGGACAACUUUUUUGGGCCUGUAUCUACAAAUUUUAUUCGUCCUGGAAGAUUAUCUGAUUCUGCUAUUUCGGAUGAAAAUCACGAUAUCACAAUGGACUCAACAGCAUUUUCUAUGCAUUUCCGAAGUCUUGCAAGGUCUGAGUCAGAAGAUUUUAAGACCCCAACUGGGGUUAACAUUACCUUUGAAGAAAAAUCACCUUCUCUGGUUGAAAGUCCCUCAAAACCAGGAAGUUCUAUGAUGUUGACAAAAGCUAAGAAGCUGUUUUCCAGAUCUCCUCUUCCUGUUGACAAAGUAAGUGGCGGCAGAGAUUCAAAUGACAUGAGUCUUGUGGGAGAAAAUCCACAUAAGUAUGAUUAUGGGAAGCUAUCUCCUACGCUCGAAGCACUUCUAUCAGAAGUAAGCCAAGAUUUGCGUUCUAAGCCAUCUUCUUAUUAUGGUAACCUGAAAUCGCCAAACACUGAUGCUUCAGCAUUUGAUAAAUAUGGCAGCACUGAGAGGGAUCCAAAUGAUUAUGGCGAUACAAAAACGCCUGGCAGCAGUGACAGGGCUCCAAAUGAUUAUGGAGAUACAAAAAUGCAUUCUACUGGGCAUAACAAUACGUUGCCUGAGGGAGCUCCUCAGCAGCAGAUUGAGUGGAGUCUCACUAAUAAUUCAACAUCUACUCUAGAUAAUCAAAUUACUCAUGAUUGUGAACUUAACAAUAAUUACACUCCAGCUGCCGGUGCUUCUGCUAAUUGUGAAAUCGAAAGUCAGAAACAGUUUGGCAAGGAGGAACAGCCUCUCGAAGUUAUGAUUGGGAUUGAUAUUCCAAAUGCAGAACUCUCAAUGGUCAAUGGCACUCCACUGAAUAUGAGCACUGAAAAGCAUCGGCUUCUUUUUGCCAUGAAAUCUGGACAAGAACAUCCUAAUGAAGACUGGAUGAAAGAAAAAUCUUCUAGAGGUAGAAGCCAGAGCUCUGAUUUUGAUCACAUAUCUGAUCAACAAUAUUGGUCUCCUUUAGUGAACUCUUCAUCCUCAUUAAACGUUAUAAGGCCACAGAUUUCUUUGGACAAGUAUCUCACUCCCCUAAAACAAAGCAUAAAUCAAGGUGAGAGCCUGUUAUCUAUUCAAAAAACCAAAUCUAAGUCGAAAAUUAUUGGGACUCCUUCCUUGACUUCUUCUGCUCUUAGGAAUAAAAUCGAAAAAUCAAAGCUUGCAUUAUCAGAAUACAAUUUGUCCAGAACUUCUUCUUCCAAUGUUGUUGAAGAAACCAGCAAAGAUCUCCAGCACAAGCAUGUGGAUGCCCCCAUUACUAACUUAGGUACACAAUUGUCUAGUGCAUGCAUUCCUCAGUGUAAACCUAUUCAAUUGAAUACUACUAUGGUUUCGCCUUCUCAUUUCAUGGGGUCAGGGAAGAAAGUGGCCGAGCAUCCCCUGGAAACAGAAAAUUUUGCAGAAGGGAGGGCUACAUCUAAUUCAUUGUUGGGAGAGGUCAAAUCUGAUGGGGGAAAACAUAAAAAUGAACGUAGUUCAUAUGAAAAGUUCCCAACUUCGCUAGUGAAGAGGUUAAAUCAGAGGUCACUGUCAUCAGUAAAUAACAGUGAGCUUGAGCAGCAAGAUCAGUAUGAUCAAUUUCUAGGCUUUAGCCCAAUGAAAAAGCCAAAAUCAUUUGAAAUCAUUCCCGAUAAUAACUAUUCAACUAUAUUGGCUGACAAAUUGGGUUCCUUUAUAAGGAGAGUACAGUCUAGCUCUCUACCCACUAAGUCUAACUAUUUAGAAAACUUUACUCAAGUUGAAAAUUUGGAUAAUGGAGAAAGUCAUUUAUCAGAUUUGCAAAAUGUACCUGACAGCUUUCAAAGUUUUCAAGCCCCUUUAAGGGAUAAGGAUGACCUAAAAUUCCAGUUGGAGAGUCCAGGUAAGAAUCUCCAAAUUUCAACACAUGCGACCUCCUCUUGUGAAGAACUUCCUGCAGAAGGAACCAAAGCCUCUUCAAGCAUUUCUCCUUCUCCAUACAUGCACCAAAAUAUAAAAGAGACUUCACUUUUUAAGAGCCCAACUAAAAAUGACAAUCUGACUUGGCAAGAUCCAACUCUGAGUGCCUCCAAGAAAGAAUUGCAUAACAGAUCACCUGGUGAAGAUAUGCAACUUGUUUUUGGCAAGGAUGCAUCAUCAAUCAAUCCCAAUUCCAAUGAAUAUGUUGAUGAUGAAGGUCAUGAAGAAUUAAGUAUGUUGCAGAGCCAUUUUUCUGAGCAAGAUGUUGAGGACUGUUCCAGGAAGAAAAGAAAAGGUGAAGAAAUUAUUUCAGGAAAUGCUGGUAAUUCAGAUAAAAUCGGGAGGGCCUCAAGAAGUCCAGUGAUUCACAAAAGCACAAUGUCAGAUUCGGAGCUCCUGUUGGAUCAUUCUAAUGGAAGUAACCAGAGAGAUGAGAGGAUAGGAGGUUGUACAGCAUUAAGGAACUGGACUGAUAUUUCCCAAAAAUUCUCAAUAGAAACACAUAAGUUGCUUUCUCCAUUGGCUGACAAGCUACAGAUAAGAGCAAUAGGCAUGCUGGAAGAUUCUUUGGCUCACUUAAAGAAGGUUCAUCAAUACAAGACUCUUUGUUCUAAAAUCAUGGCUCAGAAUGCAUACGACAUUUCGAGUAAUGUUAUGUUGAAGAGACAAGCUGAAAUUAGACUGCUGCUUUCUGAUUUAGCAUAUGAAAAAGCCAACCUUCAGUUAAUGUAUUUAAAGCAUGAGAGACUGCUGAAAAAAAGCCAACUACUGAGCUUUGGAAUUCAAGAAUGUGAACUUUUGAGGUUCAAUUUUAAACAUCUGUCUAUACCUACCAAGAGAGAUACUAUAGUUGCUCAUCGUCUUAAUCCUCCAUGCUCAGUUGAUUCUAAGGGGAAGUAUGAGGUUCCCUGUGAAAUAGUGACUAAAAUGAAGAAAGACUUUGAAGCUUUAGACAGAAAAAUAAAGAAUGCAGCAAAAUCCUUCCACACUUAUUUUAAGAUGAAAGGUGAACCAAGUUGUGCCGACACUAUUUCAUUUCUUAAUGAUUAUUUGAAGAAAAGAAUGGGCUGCCGGUUUCUUCGCCAGGAUAUGCAGUUGUGGGAGGUUGAUGAUUUGGAGAGUGGGAAUGGCCAUCACACUGUUGUUCUGAACUAUCUUGGCCUUAUCUGCCAAAGGCUCACAAUAAAAUCUGAGCCACCUCCAAAUGUCCUGAUUUCUAACAAAUUGAUCGAUAUUAUAAUCACAAAGAAUUUUCCAAACAUGGAUGUUGGCACUGCAUUCACAUUUGUCUUUAAUUCUAAAUCCAUGAAGAAGUAUAUGUGCUGCAAAAGUUUGGCACAUGAAACACAGACAACCAGUUUGCUACUGCGGAAUCUGCUAGAUGUAGUUGAGGAAGUACAGCUAGCAAAGAUAGAGAUACAAAAGCUGAUGCAAGCAAGUUUUAAUUCUUCAUCUGCUGAGCAGCUUAAUUUGCAGCUUAGUUUUGUUGACCUGGACAGUAGUAAAAGAGUGAUGAUCAUUCUUGACAUGACUUGUUUGAAUUGUGGAAUUUAUCCUUCGGAGGUCUGUCCUUAUGAGUUACAGUGUCCUUUCUCUUCGACAGAAGAUUUACAGCCCCAGUCGCUCUACGCUAAGAUAAAAACUGCUUGUGGCAGUCUUAGAGGCGGGUAUCCGAGGAUUAUAAAUCUCUGUAGGUGUGUUUCCCAGGUGUUGCAAUAGUGAAGCAGUAAAUAGGUUUUUGCUGUUAGGGCUAGCAGAUGUAGUGCCACAUGCGUCCAAAAAUCACUGAACAGAUAAGAAUUUUCUUGUCACCAAAGUUUCAUGAUUGUGAAUGUGGUGGAAGCAUUUGUAAGGUUACUGGUCCAAUCUUAAAUGGAGAGAAGCUUUCCUAUGGAAAGCUGUGGGAGGUUGUGUUUCAAACACGGGUUGAAUCCAAGUCUAGGGUGAGUUUGCUGCAUAUUGAUUUCCAGAUAGAAGACUUAGGAGGUGUGCAAUUUUGGUAGCAUGUUAGAGGAGGAAAUAGAAAGCUUUUACCUGACUUGAGGUGGGAGCUAAUAUUAGCUACAAGAAUAACAAUUUCUAUGUUCAAAAGAGGCUUUUUAAGUGGAAAUGAUAUUUUUAGUAGCUGAUGCUUUGAAUUACUCUACAUCAUUAGUGUUAAAAAUUCUCAAAUUUUAGGACCACUGGGAUGCAU